AUGACGAGCAAGGAUUCUGUCAUUGAGACCGGCCAUACAAGAGCCAUGAAGCUGGUCAGUCUUGUUUUCCUGGCAGCCGCCAGCUUGAUGCUCGCGGAGGUAUCGGCCCAGUACUACUAUCAGCCCCAGCAGGUAGGCGGCGGCGGCGGCGGAGGAUGGUGGUCAAAGACACCAAACAAGAGACACCAACCAAGAGACACCAAACAAAAGACACCCACCAAGAGACACCAAACAGGAGACACCAAGCAAGAGACACCAGCCAAGAGACAACAAACAAGAGACAACAAACAAGAGACACCAACUAACAGACACCAACUAACAGACACCAAACAAGAGACACCGACCAAGAGACACCAAACAAGAGACACCAACCAAGAGACACCUAAGAAGAGACACCCAUUAAGAGACACCAAACAAGAGACACCAAACAAAAGACACCCACCAAGAGACACCAAACAGGAGACACCAAGCAAGAGACACCCACCAAGAGACACCAAACAGGAGACACCAAACAAGAAACACCAACCAAGAGACACCCACCAAGAGACACCAAACAAGAGACACCAACCAAGAGACACCUAA